UUUCCCUUUCUCACGUAUGCCCGUGACGUCAAGCACGAUCCCCCUCCCCCCAGAUUAUCAUGAUCAUCUCCAUCUGCAUUGCAUCUAUACUAUCCAAAUUAUUCCUUCCCUGCUUUUCUCUUCUCUCCCCCGCCCCCCUCCAACACUUCACAGCCUACUACCUACGACGAAACAAUAGUAGUACAAUGAACCUCACCGAAGAACCCAGCACCAUCACCCUUACCACCCCCAAAGCCUCCAUUACCGGCACCACCAUCGCCAUCAUCCUCGAAGAACACAGUCUCCGUUAAACCCUCCACCUCCUCCUCGACAGCUACAGCCACAGCCACACCCACCAUGAUUCCUCAUCCUCAUCCUCAUCCCAAACAUCAACAUCAA